AUGUUGAGAUUAUCUCGCCCUACUGUUAAGAAGACCGCUGUUGCCUUGACCCGUUCUUACGCUCACAAAGAGUUGAAGUUCGGUGUCGAGGGUCGUGCCGCCCUUUUGCGCGGUGUGGAAACCUUGGCCGAUGCUGUCUCCGUUACCUUGGGUCCUAAAGGCCGUAACGUGUUGAUUGAACAGCCAUUCGGUGCCCCAAAGAUCACCAAGGAUGGUGUUACCGUUGCCAAGUCCAUUGUCCUCAAGGACAAGUUCGAGAACCUUGGUGCCAAGCUCUUGCAGGAGGUUGCCUCCAAGACCAACGAGUCUGCCGGUGACGGUACCACCUCUGCCACUGUUUUAGGUAGAUCCAUCUUUACUGAAUCUGUUAAGAACGUUGCUGCCGGUUGCAACCCGAUGGACUUGAGAAGAGGCUCCCAAGCCGCCGUGGAAGCUGUGGUUGCUUUCUUGGAAAAGAACAAGAAGUUGAUCACCACCACCGAAGAAAUCGCUCAGGUUGCCACCAUUUCUGCCAACGGUGACACCCACAUCGGUGCCUUGUUGGCGUCUGCUAUGGAAAAGGUCGGUAAGGAGGGUGUCAUCACCGUCAGAGAAGGUAAGACCUUGGAAGACGAAUUGGAGGUCACCGAGGGUAUGAGAUUCGACAGAGGUUUCAUCUCCCCAUACUUCAUCACCGACACCAAGUCCGGCAAGGUUGAGUUUGAAAACCCGUUGAUUAUGUUAUCCGAGAAGAAGAUCUCCUCCAUCCAGGACAUUCUCCCAUCCUUGGAAAUCUCCAACAAGUUGAGACGUCCAUUGUUGAUUGUUGCUGAGGAUAUCGACGGUGAAGCCUUAGCUGCCUGCAUCUUGAACAAGUUGAGAGGCCAGGUCCAGGUCUGUGCCGUCAAGGCCCCAGGGUUUGGUGACAACAGAAAGAACAUCUUGGGUGAUGUCGCCAUCCUUUCCGGUGGUACUGUCUUCACCGAGGAGUUGGAUAUCAAGCCAGAAAAUGCUACCGUUGAACUUUUGGGUUCCUGUGGCUCCAUCACCAUCACCAAGGAAGACACCGUCAUCUUGAACGGUGAAGGCUCCAAGGAGAACAUUGUCGCCCGUUGUGACCAGAUCAGGGCCUCCGUCGAAGACCUCGUCACCUCUGAAUACGAAAAGGAAAAGUUGCAGGAGAGAUUGGCCAAGCUCUCCGGUGGUGUUGCCGUCAUCCGUGUCGGUGGUGCCUCUGAGGUGGAGGUUGGCGAAAAGAAGGACCGUUACGACGAUGCCUUGAACGCCACUAGGGCCGCCGUCCAGGAGGGUAUCUUGCCAGGUGGUGGUACCGCCUUGAUCAAGGCCUCUCUUGCUUUGGAUUCUGUUGCUACCGAGAACUUUGACCAGAAGUUGGGUGUCGACAUCAUCAGAUCCGCCAUCACCAAGCCAGCCCGCAAGAUUGUCGAAAACGCUGGUGGUGAGGGUGCCGUUGUUGUCGGUAAGCUCAUGGACCAGUAUGGUGCAGACUUCAACAUGGGUUACAACUCUGCCAAGGGUGAGUACACAGACAUGAUUGCUGCUGGUAUCAUCGAUCCAUUCAAGGUUGUUAGAAACGGUUUGGUCGAUGCCUCCGGUGUUGCCUCUUUGUUGGCAACCACCGAGUGUGCCAUCGUCGAUGCUCCUGAGCCAGCCAGCGCUGGUCCAGCCAUGCCUCCAAUGGGUGGUAUGCCAGGUAUGGGCGGGUUCUAA